AUGCGAUUCGACUUCUUAGUGCUGGCCGCUACGGCCAGUGCAUCAACACUCGCCCCUAACGUGUUACCCCUGAUCGUCCGCAAUCCAUACCUGAGCACCUGGCUGUCCAACGCUCGCGACGCACCCUGGGAGAACUGGCCCAUGUUUUACACCGGCGCUCAUGUGAGGAAACCCGUUACAUGGAACGCUCCGCUCCCCGCCCAUACUAAUCCGAGAGAACAGGUCGGAUUCUCAGUCAUGGCCUCCGUCCCUGAGAUGGGCAAGGUCUAUCCCCUCCUAGGACGCCCCCACGACUCCCUGCGGCACGACCUCCACCGCAAGUACGAGGUAGCAUAUCCCGAGUACCUAGGCGCCACGUUCGACGCCUCGACUACGAACCUGACGUACCAGGUCUCGGGGAAAUCGCCGACGGAGGCCACGCGCCUGACACUAUCUUUCUUGUCGCCGAUCACGCCGUCGUCUACAUUCAGGCAGUCGAUCCCUGCUGCAUACCUGACUGUUAUUGCGGAGGGUUGCCUCGAUGUGAAUAUCUACACGGACGCCAACGGAGAGUGGGUUACGGGGAACAGGGGCAAUGAAGUGAAGUGGAAGCUGCACAAGCAUGGGCGCUCCAAGCACAGCGGCUCUAGUACGGCUCUCAAGACGUGGAAGGUUUCCCGGGUUCACGAGGAGCUCUUUACCGAGUAUGGGGACCGAGCCGAAUGGGGGACGCUGCACUUCACGGGCCCGGCCGAUACAUACCACCAGGCUGGGACGUCUGCACUUCUGCGCCAGCACUUCGCCGAGAAGGGGGUUUUGAAGAACGAGGUGGACAGGAAAUUCCGCAGGGUGAUGGAUGAGGAGCCGGCGUUUGCCUUCGCUAAAGCCUUCAAGCUUGCUGGGAAGCAUAAAGCAAGCUGCCACACCAAGACGGAAAGCGUUACGUUCACCUUUGCGCUGGUGCAAGACCCGGUGGUCCAGUUUGCCAGGGCGAAGGGAAUUGCGCACAUGAAACCGCUCUGGCAGUCCCAUAUCCCCGAUGCAGACGAGCUGAUCUCGUACCACUACGACGAUUUUCAGACCGCGGCAUCGCUGGCACAAAACUACUCGGACUCGCUCGCGCACGACGCCUACCGCUCCGGCUCGCAGGACUACCAAGACAUUGCCGCGCUCUCGGCCCGCCAGGUCUUGGGCGCCACGCAGUUCUCCGGAACACCGGAGAACACGAUUCUCUUCCUGAAGGAAAUUUCCUCCAACGGGAACUUCCAAACCGUCGACGUCAUCUUCCCGGCCUUCCCCUUCUUCCUAUACACCAACCCACAAUGGCUGGCGUACCUGCUCGAGCCCCUCCUCGAGCACCAGCUUAGCGGCCAGUACCCGAACGACUACAGCAUGCACGACUUGGGGUCGCACUUCCCCAACGCGACGGGCCACUCGGACGGGAACGACGAGUAUAUGCCGGUCGAAGAGUGCGGCAACAUGCUCAUCAUGGGCCUCGCGCUCGCCAACGCCCUGCGCUACGACACCGACCCGGCCUUUGUCAACGCGCCCGCGGGCGACCGCGCGGAAGCCAUCCCCAACCUUUCCGGUGACUGGCGAGCCCACGUGGACGAGUACGGCAUCGACCUCCCCAGGCCCACCGACCCCGAAACGGGCAGCAGCAGCAGCAGCAGGACAGGCCGCAAGGCGGCCGAGAAGUGGCUGUCCCGCUCAUACAAGCUCUGGGACCAGUGGACGGGCUACCUGGUGCGCGAGUCGCUGAUCCCGCACAACCAGCUGUGCACCGACGACUUCGCCGGCUGGCUGGCCAACCAGACCAACCUCGCCCUCAAGGGCAUCGUCGGCAUCAAGGCCAUGAGCGAGAUCGCAGACCUGGUCGGCAGGGACGACGACGCGAAGCGGUACCGCGAGAUCGCCGCCGAGUAUAUCGACAAGUGGCAGGAGUACGGCAUCUCGCGCGACGGGACGCACGCCAAGUUGGCGUAUACGUGGUAUGGCUCGUGGACGACCAUCUACAACCUGUACGCCGACUCGCUGCUGUGCUUCCACGUCAGGGGGGACGAGGGCGAUGGCGAGUCCGCGCUGCGCAGCGGCCUUCCAAGGGGCGGCCAGAAGCCGAUCGGAGGGGGCGGCGGCGGCGGCGAAAGCGACGUGUUUGUCCCGGACGAGGUCUAUCAGAUGCAGAGCGAUUGGUACUAUGCCGUGCUGCAGAAGUAUGGCUUGCCCUUGGACUCGAGACACUUGUAUACCAAGAGUGAUUGGGAGUUCUUUGCCGCGGCUGUUACGGGCAGGAAGGCGAGGACGGAGAUCUUGACGGCCGUGGCGCGGUGGGUGAAUGAGACUGUUGUUGAUCGCCCGUUUACGGACCUGUACGAGACCGAGGGCGAUGGCAAUUUCCCCAAUAACAUCAGGUUCAUGGCGCGGCCGGUCGUCGGCGGGCAUUUUGCAUCUUUGGCGCUGGAGAGGGCGUGUGGAGGCAAGGCCGUUGAGGCGUUGCGGUUCCUGGACGAGAAACCGCCCGCCGCAAUUGAUGUGGAAAGGGUGCUGCAGGUGGAACGGCAUGUUGGAGCGGCGUCGGACAACAAGUGGGACGAUCUCUAG